CCCAUCACGAGUUUUCACCUUCUCCGCCUCCGCGCUCAAGCUCGCAUCUUCUUGGGCUUUCUGAAAUCCCUUUUGAUUUUCUAGGGUUUUCGCCGGCUCUCCUUGCCUAGAUCGCUCCGGAGAUUUGGUAGGGAUGGCGGAGGAGCAGCCCGCCGUCGCAUCACCUGCGCAGUUCCCGCCUGCUGGGCCGAUCGGAAGCUCAGUGAUCCCGAUCGUAAAUAAGCUCCAGGAUAUCUUCUCUCAGCUCGGAAGUUCUUCCACGAUUGAUCUUCCUCAGGUGGCGGUUGUGGGCAGCCAGAGCAGUGGGAAAUCAAGCGUACUUGAGGCACUCGUUGGCCGUGAUUUCUUGCCUCGCGGGACGGACAUUUGCACGCGGAGGCCGCUGGUUCUGCAGCUCGUGCACUGGCCUCGUCGGGCAGAUGCGGCUGAGGGCGACGAGUGGGGGGAGUUUCUUCACUUGCCUGGGAAGAGGUUCUAUGAUUUCUCGGAUAUCCGGAGGGAGAUACAGGCUGAAACAGAUAGAGAAGCAGGAGGAAAUAAGGGAGUUUCAGACAAGCAGAUUCGUUUGAAGAUAUUCUCACCCAAUGUUUUAAAUAUUGCUUUGGUCGAUCUGCCUGGAAUAACCAAAGUGCCUGUUGGUGACCAACCAAGUGAUAUCGAGUCAAGAAUACGAACCAUGAUUGCAUCCUACAUCAAACAUGAGACUUGCAUAAUCUUAGCAGUUUCACCAGCAAAUGCAGAUUUAUCAAAUUCUGAUGCACUUCAAAUGGCAAGGACAGUUGAUCCAGAUGGUUCCCGGACUAUUGGUGUCAUCACAAAGUUGGAUAUAAUGGAUAGAGGUACUGAUGCUCGCAAUUUCUUAAUGGGAAAGGUGAUCCCUCUAAGACUUGGUUAUGUGGGUGUAGUGAAUCGUAGUCAACAGGACAUUAACCAGAACCGAAGUAUCAAAGAAGCAUUAGCCAAUGAAGAAAGCUUCUUCCACACUCAUCCUGUAUAUCAUGGUCUCUCUCAUUGUUGUGGAAUUCCUCAAUUGGCAAAGAAAUUAAAUCAGAUAUUGGUGCAACAUAUCAGAGCAGUUCUACCAUCUCUCAAGUCUCGUAUAAAUUCUCAGUUAGUAGCUGUUGCAAAAGAACACGCAACCUAUGGCGAUGUUGCAGAAUCUAAGGCUGGCCAGGGAGUCAGACUCUUGAACAUGCUUACAAAAUAUUGUGAAGCUUUUUCUUCGAUGGUAGAAGGAAAAAAUGAAGAAUUAUCAACAGCUGAGCUUUCUGGUGGGGCACGAAUUCACUACAUCUUCCAGUCAAUCUUUGUGAAGAGUUUAGAGGAAGUUGAUCCAUGCAGUGAUGUAACUGAUGAAGACAUUCGAAUGGCCAUCCAAAAUGCCACUGGUCCUAGAAGUUCCUUAUUUGUCCCAGAGGUGCCAUUUGAAUUUCUUGUGCGAAGGCAGAUUGGUCGUUUGCUUGAUCCAAGCCUUCAAUGUGCGAAAUUUAUAUAUGAUGAAUUAAUCAAGAUGAGCCACUGCUGCUUAGCUAGUGAGCUGCAGCGAUAUCCUUUUCUUAGAAAGAAAAUGGAUGAGGUAAUUUGGAACUUCUUACGAGAGGGGCUUCAACCAGCAGAGACAAUGAUAACUCAUAUCAUUGAAAUGGAGAUGGAUUAUAUAAACACUUCUCAUCCAAAGUUCAUCGGUGGCAGCAAAGCUGUAGAGAUUGCACAGCAGCAAGUUAAAUUAUCAAGGGUAUCAGCUUCACUGCCUAGACCGAAGGACAUAGUGGACUCUGACAAGCUUCAAGCAUCCGAAAAAAGUCAAAAAUCUCGUGCGAUUCUUGGUAGAUCUGCUGCUAAUGGAAUUGUUUCUGAUCAGGGAGUUCGGCCUGCUGCAGACUCUGAGAAAUCUGGUGCAACAGGUAGUGUCACAGGUUCAAGUUGGGGCAUUUCUUCAUUAUUUGGUUCAACUGAGAGUCGAGCACCUCCGAGAGAAAGCUCUGGUAACAAGGCUUAUAACAAUACUGUGCAUACCGUGGAACAUUCAUUCUCAGCAAUUCAAUUAAAAGAGCCACCUGUUGUCUUGAAAAUGUCAGAAAAUCAGACAGAACAAGAGGCAGUGGAGGUAGCUAUCACAAAGUUGUUGUUGAAGUCAUAUUAUGAUAUUGUCAGAAAAAAUAUAGAGGACUCUGUGCCUAAGGCGAUUAUGCACUUCCUGGUUAAUCAUACCAAGCGAGAGUUGCAUAAUGUUUUCAUUAGGAAACUUUACAGGGAAAACUUAUUUGAAGAUAUGCUGAGAGAACCAGAUGAUGUUGCUGCAAGAAGGAAACGUAUCAGAGAUACACUACGAAUUCUGCAACAGGCCAACAGGACUCUGGAGGAGUUGCCUCUUGAAGCUGAAAGUGUAGAGAAAGGCUACAGUCUGGAGAAUGAUCCAACCGGUCUACCCAAAGUCCAUGGACUUCCAUCCUCAUUCUAUGCCAGCACUGAAUUCAGUGCUUCAUACAAUUCAUCACCUAAUCAUCCAAAAUCAAGGAGGCCUGCUCAUUCUGGAGAGCAAACACCAAUGUUCUAUCCAAACUCCGAUACCAAUGGAGGUGGGCAUCAUCUGGGUCCGGGUCUCUAUCCCACUGUUGAAAGCUGAACUACGAGGAAGACUGUUUUGGAGACCUAUUUCUGUGAUGGAAAUAUGGCAUAACCACAAUGGCGUCUGCUUCCGGGUAUUGCUAUUAUUGUCUUGAUAUUGAUUCUUUGCCAGCUACCUGGUCCAUGCCUACAGGCAUGGCAUCCGAGAUUUUUACAAUGUAUAGUUGAAACAUUACCUUCUGUAGGAUUUUGUUUUUUUUCUUUCUUUUUUGGACGUGCUGGGGCUCUCCUGGCAAAAAUAAUGUGAGCUUUACAUUUGCCUACUUGGGGGUUAGUGAGAGAAGCUCAGUUACGUGAUAACAGGCUCUUUGGUUGAUAUAAAGAGUAAUGUUUUUCCA